AUGUCACUGAACUUGUUGAUACAAUUGAUUUUUGACAAAUCUGAUAUUGAUACAUGGUCAAUAUUAUGUAUUCAAGUAUCUAAUGGAAUAAUGUCAAUUAUUGUAUCAUUUCUUGGUUUAGAUAAUCAUGAUUAUAUUAAAAAUAAUUAUUAUAUAUCAUUAAUGCCAGAUGUAUUACCAGCAUUAAUUGGAUUUAUUCGUCUUGAACAAUUAAUACAAAUGCAAACAACAAAUACAAUACAAAAUUUAAAUAUAAUUAGUCGUUAUUUAGAAAAUCCGGAUGAUUCAUAUGAUUUAUUACAAAAUAUUGAUAUGAUAACAAAUUUUCCAUCACGUUCACUAUUAUCAUCAACAAGUUCAAAUCAAACAAAUCAAGGUCGAUAUAUUGUUUUAGAUUUUCAUUCAUUUGAUGCAUAG